ACGCUCUCCUCGCUUCCUAUUGGUCCGGGCCGUGGAGUUUUCGCGCCAACGCGUUGCAUUGUGGGGAACUGUUAGCGGAAGCUCCCGUGUCCCGGACGGUGGGCUGCGUUGUGUGGCUGUGAGGAAGAGGGGCGCUGUGUUUUGUUUUUGUGGGUUUGAACUCAGGUAGGGGUCGUACCUGUAGCUGGCGCGGAUGCAGGGCGAAGAGUCGUCGGAUUCGGAGUCGGGCAGGAUGGAGGAGAGUUCGGUGCGGAGGAGUUUGGAGGCGUUGUGCCAGGAGCUAAACAUGGACGAGCAGACGGCCACAGAAGCCAUGGACAACUUUACUGCCAUAUGGAAUACGUACACUCUGGAGGGGGAUGUUGUCCACUGGCUGGCCUGUUCACUGUACGCAGCCUGCAGGAAGGGGUCCACUCCCACAGUGGGGAAAGGCCUGAUGGAGGGAAACUGCGUCUCCCUCACCAGAAUCCUUCGCUCCUCCAAACUCAGUCUGAUCCAGUUCUUCUCCAAGAUGAGGAAGUGGGCCGACAUGUCCAACCUGUCGCAGGACUUCAGGCUGCGAAUGGAGCGCCUGGAGCGCAACUUCGAGGUCUCCACGGUGAUCUUCCGCAAGUUUGAGCCCAUCUUCAUGGACAUGUUUCAGAAUCCACAGGGAGUCGAGCCGCCACGGCAGCCACGCAGCAGGAAGCACAGGCGGCUGCCCUGUCACAUCGGUGAUGUGUUCAAGUUCUGCUGGACUCUGUUUGUCUACACCAAAGGGAACUUCCGUAUGAUCGGGGAUGACCUGGUGAACUCGUACCACCUGCUGCUCUGCUGCCUGGAUUUGGUGUUUGGAAAUGCUCAGCUGUGUGCCAACAGGAAGGACCUGAUUAACGCCACGUUCAGAGGUCUGCCUGCUGUGUACCGCGCUGAUGGCCAUGUUUCCCCCGACGGGCCGCCUCCAUGCGUGUUGGAGAGGUUGUGUGAGCUGCAUGAUGGGCUGGUGGUGGAAGCAAAGGGCAUCAAGCAGCACUACUUCAAACCUUACAUACAGAAGCUGUUCCAGAAACAGAUCCUGAAAGGCAACGAGGAGCUUUUGACCGAAUUGUUGGAUCCUCAGAACUUCAUCGAUAACAAUAAAGCCAUAAACAGGGAGUAUGAGGAGUACGUGCUGACUGUGGGAGACUUUGAUGAGCGAGUGUUUCUGGGAGCCGAUGCCGACGAGGAGAUUGGAACGCCGAGGAAGAUCAUCCAGGAACCGCCUGCCAGCCAACAGCAGCUGCAGCAACAUGUGGAGAAGUCUGGCUCUCUCGCCCCCUCCACCCCUCUGACCGGGCGGGUCUACCUGAAGGAGAAGGACCUGCUCGUCACUCCCGUCUCCUCGGCGACGCAGAGCGUCAGCAGGCUGCAGAGCAUGGUGGCAGGUUUAAGGACGGCCCCCAGCGACCACCUGAUGCAGAUCUUCAAAUCCUGCUCCAGAGAUCCCACAGAGUCCAUACUGGCCCGCGUAAAGACCCUGGGCCAAACCUUCAAAGAGCAUUACACCAACGAUUCAGAGGACACGCCGGGCUCUCACAUAGACUUUGCAGAGAACCGUUUGAAGCUGGCUGAGAUCCUCUACUACAAGAUCCUGGAGAACGUCAUGGUCCAGGAGACCAGACGGCUGCCCGGCAGAGACAUGAGUGUUUUGCUGGAGCAGGAUCUCUUCCACUGUUCCCUGAUGGUGUGCUGUCUGGAGGUGGUGUUGUUCUCCUACAGCUCCCAGAGGACCUUUCCCUGGAUCCUUACAGUCUUCAAAUUGGCCCCUUUCUACUUCUUUAAGGUGAUCGAGGUGUUUAUCCGCUCAGAGGAAGGCCUGUCCAGGGACAUGGUGAAACAUCUGAACUCGAUCGAGGAGCAGGUUCUGGAGAGCAGGGCGUGGACCGCAGACUCUGCCCUGUGGAGCGCCUUGCAGGCUGCAGGGAACAAGGUUCCCAUGGUGCAGGAGGUGAAUUUUUCCUCCAGUCUUGACACAGGUUCUGGUCCUGCUUCUGGAUCUGGGUCUACCAGCGGAGGUCAGUCUCACCUGCCCAUGGUGGCCCUCUCGCCCAUCAUCCACCCCCGUAUCCGGGAGUUCAGAUCCGCCCUGGGCAGCGCCCGCAAAGAUGUGCCUCCUUCUCCGCUGUCGGUCCACGACAGGUACAGCUCUCCCGCGGCCGGCAGCGCCAAGCGGCGCCUCUUCGGUGACGACCCUCCAGCUCCAUCGUCAGGCCUGAACCCCAGCUUAAGCCCGAUGUCGUCUCCAGCGAAGAGGUUGACGUUUGGCUCGAGCAGCACCCUGAAGAUCACAGGACAGGGGACGCAGACCGCCGUCCUGAGCAUCCCGCUGCAAGGUACAAGUAAUAAUGACCGCACAAUCACGCUGAUCCCGGUCCAGCCGUGUGACUCCUCUGCUCCCGUCACAGCUCAGUUCCUGCUGACCGCCUCCCCGAGCCGGCCCGCCGCCGUCACGACCUCUGAUAUCCAACCAGGAAACGUGCGGCCGAGACGCACAGGGUCACUCGCUCUCUUCUUCAGGAAGGUGUAUCACCUGGCUAGCGUGCGUCUGAGGGAUUUGUGUGUGAAGCUGGACAUCUCGUCAGAGCUGCGAGGGAAAAUCUGGACGUGCUUUGAGCACUCUGUGGUCCACAGUACUGAUCUGAUGAAGGACCGGCACCUGGACCAGCUGCUGCUCUGCAGCAUUUACAUCAUUUCCAAAAUCACCAAAGAGACUCACACCUUCCAGGACAUCAUGAAGUGUUACCGCAGCCAACCGCAGGCCAACAGCCAUGUGUACCGCAGCGUCUUACUGCGCCGCACUCCCAGAGAGCAGGUGGCUGAUGAAAACAUGGAGGUGGAUCCUGUCUCAGGUGGAGAAUCUGCAGAGAAAACCAAUCAGCAGCCAGCAGACACAAACUGCAGCCAAUCAGGUGGGGAGGAGGAGCGCGGCGACCUAAUCCAGUUCUACAACACCGUGUACGUCCUGAAGAUGAAGAGCUUUGCGCUGCGAUACGCCACCAGCGACAGCCGGGCGGACGCUCCUCCUCUGUCCCCGUUCCCGUCGGUCAGGGCUCAGCCUCUGUCUCCUCGUCGGGUCUCCCAGAGACACUCGCUCUACGUCUCCCCUCACAAGAACUCAGCAGGCUGUCUCACACCGAACUCCUACACCUACCGGAUAAACAGCAGCCCGUCCAAGGAGCUGUCAGACAUCAACCGGAUGAUCCGGCAGGGCUGCGUGAGCAGGAAGAGGGCCUUCACCAUUGACGGGGAUGUCAUGAUGUCAUCAGCGUGCGACUCCCCGAGUAAGAGGACGUGUCCGGAGAACGGCAGCAGCCCAGAUGUGCUGCUGAAGCGCCUCCAGGACGUGGUGUCGGAGCGGCAGAGUCACUGAGACCUGAAGCUCUGACAGGGAAGUGAUGAAGCAUUAACAAACUGCUCCUCAGGUCACUAAAAGCUUCCAGCUGCUCAGGAAACCUGCAGCUGAGCUGCUGCUUUAACCUCUCCACUCUAAUCCAGGGUCACAGAAACGGACUCCGCUGCAGUAAUGAUGCCUUUAGUUUGUGUGAUUCAGCUGGUCGAUCCCAGCGUUCAGUAAAAAUACGUGAAGAGGAGGACGUCUCUGAGAUGAGUUUGACACAGAUGACUGUGUUUGUGUUACUUCUGCGAUCCACGCCGUCACACGCCUCCUUUCACUUUGAGCCCCGCCUCCUUUCUAGCAGGGUGUCUGAUCAACCAAUCAGCUUCAAACAGAGGUUUUGAUGCCCCCCCCCCCCCCCCCCCCCCCUGAAAAACAGAAACGUGGAACAUUUUAAUUCUGCUCUGAAAUUUUAUCCAUGGAAGAGUUUCUAAAAUCGUGUUUUAUGUGACAUCUGUGCAUCCAUCGAUAAAUACAUGCAGAUACCAAAUCAGGGUUUACGUGACGCACCUCUGCUGCCACCAUCUUAUUCAGGGGGUGGGACUGACUUUGGGUCCCAUAAUCAUACAAAGUUCUGGUUUAUAAGAUUUUAUAUUUGAUUUAAUAUUCCUCCUUUUUAUGGACUCUGUGUUUAAUGUCCUGGCACUGAAAUAAGCUCCUGUCGGGGUCACCUUUAGGACUGUGUGUGUGUGUGUGUGUGUGUUUUGGUAUCUGACAGGAAGUCAGUCGGCCCAAACCUGCUCCCUGACACUGACAUGUGGUGCAUAAAGAUGCAGAGCUGCUCAGCGGCAUUCACAUUAACUUAAAGUUACAUUCAUGGACUGACCUGCAGCGCUCAGACUAACGUUUCAUAUUCAAGCAGUUCAGCCAAUGAGUGCUGAUUGUAUGGAUCUGCACCUGCACAGGUAAACGGCCUCCUGAACAAUAUGGCGGCCCUGUAGUUGUGUACAUCCAGUGAGUAGCAGCAUCUGUAUCCAUGGAGUCUGUAAGCGAGCGGGAACACCUCUUCAGGUGUGUGUGAGCCUCCACCUCAGGACAUCCAUGGAGCUGUAGUCGUAGUUUCCACCUGAGAGCAGACACACACGGCGGGCACCGCCUGUGAUUGGAUGGUGGGGGUGGUUUGAGGGCGGGUCUGGAGUCAGAUGAUGGUGUUUUCUGCGUGUCGUGAUGCUGCUGGAGCUGUGUCUGCAGGGAGGACAUCACACAGCGCUUUAAACCACACACCUUCAUGUUUUUAACAGACCAACGAAUAUCUGAUGGUCCCCACGUUCAGACGUCACCUUCCACUCUUUCAGAGACCUGUGACAUCAUUUCCUGUGCAGCUUUUUGAUGCAGAGCUUUUUAAGUUCCUUUUUUCCACGGUAGGACCUCUGAGCCCGUCUGUCGGUGCCUUGUUCUGCACGUGUGCAGAUAAAUAACUGUAAAAGAAGAACGGCGGUCACAGCUCGUCUGCUCUGAAAUGAUGACGUGCCAUCUCUGUUUGGAGACUUUGUGGGAAAAUGUCUCGUGUUAGUUUUACUGUGUGUUUUGUGGUGCAGCAGCUGAAGCAGCGUUGUACACAGGUGUGUAGCAUCUACACUCGAUUUUAUUCUAAAGUGUUAGACACCCGUCUGUGAGCCUCGUAUCUACUGUGGCGUCUCAGAACUGCUGAAAGGGUUAAAAAACUUGUAAAAUAGAUUUAAAGUUUUUGAGCCUUACAAACAGGAACAGGUGGACGUUCUCCUUCAGUGAUAUUUGUAAUUUCUACAAACAAUAAAACGCUUCCUUCUUCUGA